CCAAACAAAAAAUCCCGAAAAAAAUAGAGAAAAAUAAUCCAAAAAAACUGGAUGAAGUUGAUUUGCUGGUGUAGUAGUUGCAGAGAAAAACAUCCGAGUACACUUUGCUCUCUAUCCUGUCUUCAAUUCGAAGCUAAUUAUUCUAAUUUACCUUUAAUUUCGAUGGAGGUUGGGAAUUGAGAAUUUAGAAAAUGGGUGAUGGUGGAAUGGAGGAUUACAAGAAUCGUGUCGAUGUUGUGUUGACACAAGCCAGUAGGAUAGAGGAAAAAGUUCACGAGAUUGAGCAGUUCUAUUUAAACAGCAGUAAAAAGCAAGCAAACAACCCGAAAGGUGGCUCAGCUUCUAAGGACAAAGAUAAGGAUAAAGACAGACAUGGUGCUCAAAUCAAUAAGCAGCAGCAAGAUGCAACAAGCAGGGAAACAGCUGCCUCAAAGAGAAUGCAGGAGCUGAUACGUCAGUUUGGAAAAUUAUUACAUCAGAUCACUCAACACAAGUGGGCAUGGCCCUUUAUGGAGCCUGUAGAUGUUAAAGGCCUUGGUUUGCAUGAUUACUAUGAGAUUAUUGAAAAACCUAUGGAUUUCAGUACGAUAAAGAAACAAAUGGAAGCUAAGGACGAUAGUGGAUAUAAACAUGUACGAGAGAUAUGUGCAGAUGUGAGAUUGGUUUUCAAGAACGCAAUGAAAUAUAACGAUGAAAAGAAUGAUUUCCAUGUCAUGGCAAGAACCUUGUUGGACAAGUUUGAAGAGAAAUGGCUACAAUUUUUGCCUAAAGUUGCUGAAGAGGAAAAAAGGCGAGAAGAAGAGGAGGCUAAUGUACAGCUUAGUAUGCAACUAGCUCAAGAAUCUACUUACGCCAAAUUGGCUAGGGAUAUAAGCCAUGAGCUUUUCGAGGCAGACAUGCACCUCGAAGAACUUAGGGAACAGCUGGUUCAAAGGUGCAGGAAAAUGUCGACUGAAGAGAAAAGGCAGCUUGGCAUAGCCCUCACAAGGCUAUCCACCGAUGACCUCAGUAAAGCUUUACAGAUUGUUGCCCGGAGUAAUCCCGGAUUCGUUGCAAAUGCUGAGGAAGUAGAUCUUGAUAUAGACGCUCAGAGUGAAUCCACAUUAUGGAGGCUAAAAUUCUUUGUAAAAGACGCCCUGCAAGCUCAAGGCAAGCCUGCAGCAGAUAUGGGGGGCAACAACAAUAAGGACAAAAACGAAAACAAUAACAACAAUAAUGUCAAUAAUAAUAAACGAAAGAGGGAGAUCUGCGAUGCACUCGCCAAGACUACGAAGAAGAAGAGUAAAAAAUAAGCCUCUUGAUUGUUUUAACUGUAUAAGAUAUGUAAAUGUAGUACUAGCUUGAAGAAAUGAUCAGAACUUUUUUAAAAGAUAAUUUUCCAGUUUGGUUUUGUAUAAUUGAUGUUUUGAUGUAGGAUUUGGUCUGUUGUUAGAGCAGGGAAUAAUUAGGAGCCAGAACCUUACAAAGGUCAACCCGCCUCGGGUUAGCUGAUAAGAUUUGUAACUAUAAUUCCGUUGUUCUAGUGUUUGGAUUUUUUUUUUUCAGGUGUAAAUAUGUACAUGUAAUAACACUUGACAUGUACUGUAAUAAAAUGUUUCAAGUCUUGAUGGGAGAA